AAGUCACGAGGAAUCGGCACGGCCGACUAUUAGUUUGGCUCGUUCCAUCGACUGGUUCGCAGGCGGUUUCCGAUUCUCUAUAUUUCUCCUGGGCAAUCGUAAAUCUGCCGAUUUAAUCGGCCGAUAUUGGUCCAACACGUGCCGGAGUGAACGACUUCGAGUUGCGUUUUGUUCAAUCCGCUUUUGCUCCACCUUCCCAUCGUUGUUUAGAUUUAAAGGAGACCGAGCCCUUGAUUGCUGAGAUCGUUACCGAGGUUCGCAUUAAGACCAAAAUCUUCCUUACGCUUCCGGACUCGUAAUCUCGUGCUUUCGGAGCCGGUGGAACCCUUAUCUGUCGCAAUGAUGUUCACCGAGAAGAACGUCGGUUUUCUCCUAAUAACUGUCAUGUGUCUCCUAGUGAUACACUGCAAUGCUUCAUGCAUAGGAAAGACUCUACUGAGAUCCGGUGGUAUAUCGUGCGAAGAGAAACAGAUUAUCCUGGACGAACACAAUCGAUUGAGGCAACUAGUGGCACUGGGGCAGAUACAUGGUCAACCUGGCGCAGCGAAUAUGAUGGAGAUGAUAUGGGACGAUGAACUUGCUGCGAUAGCACAAAGAUGGGCGGAUCGUUGCACCAAGUCACAUGACAAUUUAAGAAAUGUUCGUAGAUUUGCGGUAGGACAAAACAUCGCUCACUCAUGGACGACUAGGCCCCCGGGACCUUACGAUGGUGAGCCGAAUUGGAGACGGCAAAUUUCUGGAUGGUUCAAUGAGGUACAAUACUAUCAUUCCGGUUAUAGCAAAAUGACAGGACACUACACACAGCUGGUGUGGAGCGACACUUUCCUGCUGGGAUGCGGAUAUUCGUUUUACUACGACCCUGCUCGCGGGUACACCAAGAAUUACGUAUGCAACUACGGGCCGAGCGGGAACGUAUUCGGUUAUCAACCUUAUCAAUCAGGUCAACCUGCAUGCGGCAAUUAUGGAAUGUUCUACAGCAACAGAUAUGCUGGAUUAUGUUCUCGUGGAAAUUAUUAUCACCUCGGAGCUCUAUGUGUAUAUGGAUAGUAUGAAUAUUUAUGAAGAACAUCAACAAUGGCGAAUAGUUCCCGCUAAUAGAGCAAUCAGUUGCGUUACAUAAAUUAUAAUUACUAAGUUUUGUCGAUUAAGAAACAGCUGAUUCGCUUAUGUAUGUUGUCAAUUCAUAUAAAUGACAUGAGGCAAAUUAUGCUUAUUACCGUGUAAAUAUAUGUCUACGAAAUUGUAAUAUUGAAUUAGUCAAAUGCAGUCAAGGCUGUCGAGAGAGCGAAUUCAAGUGAAGAAAUUUCUCUGGUCUCUCUUCUCUCAAUCUGCCGUGAGCUGACUGAAAAUCCUUAUACGUAAAAUUUGUAUUCAUGAUGGAAAAGAAAACGCUAACAAACAAAUGCAAGUAUGAAUAAUGACAAAAAAUACUAUAUUUUUCUUAAGAAAGAAACGAAUUCUUUGUUAUUCAAAGCAAAUUAUUUAAUAACAAAAAAAUUAUUCAAUACUCAAAUUCAAAAGCAAAUAAUCAAAAAAUAACAAACUAUAUAAAAUGUAAUUGAAUAUCAAGCUGGUUUUAAAUUUCAGUAAUUUGCGUUAUUUUCUCGUUAAUCUUGUGUAUUAGAAAAAUUAUAUAACGUAUUCGCAGAAGUACGCACUAGAGUACGCUUAAAUUAUUAAAUUAAACAAGUAUUUAUAUAAUUUAGCUGCU